AUGCCACUAGCCCGCCUUCGUCCUUCCUCUUGGAGACGGUUUGUGCUCCCUGUCGCCCUGGCCGGUGCUGGAGGCGCCUUCAUCUACAGCUACAGACCUCGUAUUAUCCCCGGCUCUGAAUCGCCUGCUGUUCCGCCCCCAACCUACGGUCCCGAUGGCUCCUUCAAGAUGCCCAAGUUUCCUCUCCAGAAGCACCGGAGUGAUCAUCUCACUGACCUGCGGGAUGAGUUCAAGUAUGACAUCCUGGUCAUCGGCGGCGGUGCUACAGGGUCUGGCGUUGCCCUAGACGCAGCUACUCGAGGUCUCAAAGUGGCUCUGGUUGAGCGUGACGACUUCAGCAGCGGCACCAGCAGCAAGAGCACCAAGCUUGUCCAUGGUGGCGUGCGAUACCUGGAAAAGGCUGUCUGGAAUCUUGAUUGGAGCCAGUUCCAACUGGUCCGCGAAGCUCUCAAGGAGCGCAAAUACUUUCUCCAAACUGCUCCGCACCUUAGCAUGUGGUUGCCCAUCAUGCUUCCCUUGGACCAGUGGUGGAAGGCCCCGUACUAUUGGGCGGGCACGAAAUGCUACGAUAUCCUGGCUGGGAGCGAGGGGAUUGAGAGCUCCUACUUUUUGACUCGCAGCAAGGCUUUGGAGGCCUUCCCUAUGCUGAAGCAGACGAAUCUGGUCGGGGCACUGGUUUACUACGAUGGUGCUCACAACGAUUCAAGGAUGAACGUAAGCAUUGCCAUGACCAGUGCUCUAUACGGAGCCACCGUUGCGAAUCAUACAGAGGUCACUAGCCUUGUCAAGGAUGCCCAGGGAAAUGUAUGUGGCGCCAAGGUCCGAGAUUUGAUAGCUGUUCGUGACGGUCAGUCAGCAGAGGACAUUACUGUUCGCGCCAAAUGUGUAAUCAACUGUACUGGCCCUUUCACUGAUUCUAUUCGAAAGAUGGAUGACGAAGAGGCCAAGGAGAUUGUAGCCCCCUCUUCGGGAGUGCAUAUUGUGCUCCCUGGUUAUUACUGCCCAGGCACAAUGGGCUUGAUUGACCCAUCCACAUCCGAUGGCCGGGUCAUCUUCUUCUUGCCUUGGCAGGGUAAUACCAUUGCCGGAACCACCGACUCCCCUUCCGCUAUUUCAAAGAACCCGGUGCCAGAGGAAGAAUCUAUUAGGUGGAUCCUAGACGAGAUUCGACAGUACCUUUCCCCUGAGAUUAAUGUACGUCGAGGGGAUGUUCUAUCCGCGUGGUCAGGUAUUCGACCGCUGGUGAAGGAUCCCGAAGCCACCAACACCGAGUCUCUUGUCCGGAACCAUCUCGUCAAUGUUUCGGCAUCCGGGCUGUUGACUUGUGCUGGUGGGAAAUGGACUACCUAUCGUCAAAUGGCAGAAGAUACAGUCGACAAGGCCAUCGAAGUAGCUGGCCUGCAGCCACGACCCGUGCCAGACUUUCGGCGAGUAUCUGUAUCGGGUUCGGAUGACGUCGACGACGGGGCCAUCCUGGAUGGGAGUUGUCAGACACACAAGGUGCGCCUUAUUGGAGCUCAUGGGUAUAGCAAAACGCUCUUCAUUCCGCUUAUCCAGCACUUUGGCAUCGAAACGGAAGUUGCGAAACAUCUGGUCGAGUCGUACGGUGAUCGGGCGUGGACGGUGGCGUCACUAUGCCAGUUGACUGACAGGCGGUUCCCGGUCCGAGGAGAGCGGAUCUCGCGUCUCUAUCCCUUUGUUGACGGCGAGAUACGGUAUGCUUGUCGGCACGAACAUGCUCAGACAGCCGUCGAUGUACUUGCCCGUCGCACGCGCCUUUCAUUUCUGAACGCUCAAGCCGCAUUGGAAGCUCUUCCUAAAGUCAUUGACGUAAUGUCGGAGGAGCUGGGGUGGGAUCGUCGCCGCCAGGAUGUCGAAUGGAAGGAGUCGGUGUCGUUUCUCGAGUCAAUGGGUCUUCCGAAACCCACAGUUUCAGCUACCUUGUCUCAAUAG